AUGCCCGAUGUCACGAUUAACGAUAUCAUCGUUAGCUUCCCCUUUAAACCGUAUUCUGUGCAGGAGGAGUAUAUGAGAAAGGUGAUAGAAUGCCUACAAAAUGGUCAGCAUGGUGUCUUGGAGUCGCCGACAGGUACUGGAAAGACUUUGAGCCUUUUGUGUUCCUCCUUAAGUUGGCUGUUGACAAAGAAAGCUCAAUUACAAGCACAAGUGAUAGCAGGUGCAAUAGAAAAGAAAGACUUUGGUGGAAAUUUCUUUAAACAUUUAACCAGUGGGCUUGAGAAAGCAGCAGGAGUACCAGAUCAUGUUCAAAGUUUUGGCUGGGCUAUGCCCAAAAUUAUUUAUGCGUCUCGAACACAUUCUCAAUUAUCUCAGGCUAUGUAUGAAUUGAAGAAAACGUCAUACAAACAUGUAGCUACUGCUGUAUUGGGAUCCCGAGAUCAGCUAUGCAUUCAUCCAGAAGUUUCUAAAGAAACAAGUUCUUUUAACAAGAUACACAUGUGUCAUGCCAAAGUGAAGUCAAGAACUUGUUUUUAUUUCAACAAUGUCGAAACCAAAAAAGAUGACCCUGUAUUUAAACAGGAGGUACUAGACAUAGAAGAUUUAGUUAAAGUUGGACAAAAGCACAAAUGUUGUCCAUAUUUUUUGGCAAAGGAAUUGAAGCAGAAUGCAGAUAUCGUUUUUAUGCCUUAUAAUUAUCUACUAGAUCCUAAGACACGAAGGUCGCAAGGUAUAGAUUUACAAAAUACUGUAGUUUUAUUGGACGAAGCUCAUAAUGUUGAAAAAGUUUGUGAAGAAGCAGCAUCAUUACAGAUAAGCAGUACAGAUAUUGCAAUGUGUAUCGAUGAAGUAACUGCAGUAAUGCAAGAUAUGGCUAAGGAUUCAGAUCGGCAGAAUGACUUUCUGUCAGAGAAUAAUGUUCAAAAAGAUUUUACAGCAGAAGAUUUGUGUAUCUUAAAAGCAAUGUUUUUAGAACUGGAAAAAACAAUCGACUCUAUUGAAUUAAAAAACCGCAGUGAGGGAGACACUUUCCCUGGCGGAUAUAUUUUUGAAUUACUUGAGAAAAUUGAAUUGACACAUGGUAAGGAACAAAUCGUGGUAGACAAACUAGAAAAACUUAUUUUAUAUCUGACAACUACCAGUACUUCACCAUUUGCAAGAAAAGGGAAUGCAUUGCAAAAAUUCAGUGAUUUAUUGAGAACUGCUUUUAACAGCGGUGCGUCUAUUGCACGUCACAAAGAAAAAGUAAAACGUUGCUACAAAGUUCACAUACAAAUGGAAGAGCAAAAAAAGAAUUACAGGAACGAUGUCUGGGAGAGUAAAAAGACAACUAAAACGGAUGGAAAACUUAUUAGUUACUGGUGUUUCAGCCCUGGUUUCGGUAUGGAACAGAUGGUAGAACAAGGCAUACGUUCAGUAGUGCUCACAAGCGGCACAUUAUCUCCGUUAAAACCAUUCAUAUCGGAACUCGGUAUACCAAUCGCGGUCCAACUGGAAAAUCCGCAUAUAGUAACGAAGAAACAAGUAUGUGUUGGUGUUCUUAGUCAAGGACCAGAUAACCAUCCACUUAAUUCAUCUUAUAAUACAAGAAAUGAUCCGAAGUAUAUUGCGUCUCUUGGAAGAACAGUAUACAACUUUAGUUGUAUUGUCCCCCACGGAUUGUUAAUAUUCUUUCCAUCGUAUCCAAUCAUGAAAAAAUGUAGGGACGAAUGGCAGAAUAUGGGUUUAUGGACGCAGAUUGCUGAACGUAAGCCCAUUUAUGUAGAACCAAACUCUAAAGACGGAUUUGUUAAUGUGAUGAAUGAGUACUACCAAAAAAUUAAAGAUCCGUCUUGCAAGGGGGCUGUUUUUAUGGCAGUCUGUCGAGGAAAAGUCAGCGAAGGUCUGGAUUUUGCUAAUGCAAACGGUAGAGCUGUGUUAAUCAUUGGUCUUCCAUUUCCACCUUUAAAAGAUCCGCGAGUUAUGUUAAAACAAAGAUAUUUGGAGGAAAUAAGGACGACAAAAAAAGAAAGUCUAACUGGACAAGAAUGGUAUCAACUUGAAGCAUCCCGAGCUGUUAAUCAAGCUAUCGGCAGAAUAAUAAGACACAAAAGCGAUUAUGGUGCUGUUAUAUUAUGUGAUUGUAGAUUUGAAAAUCCAAACUUCAAUAAACAAUUAUCUGCUUGGCUUAGACCAUACGUAAAAAAGUUUACGAAUUUUGGAAUGAUCACGAAAGAGUUACGAGAAUUUUUUAGGAACGCGGAGAAUACAUUGCCGCAACCUAGUAUCACUCAUGCACAAUAUGGGAACAUUGAUAUAUCAUUACCUGCGGUGGGUGCUACCUUUGAAACAACGAUAUCUCAUUCUCUCAGACAAAAAGCACAAAACAAUUCUGCGACAGAAAAAUUAAUUAAGAAUAGUUUUGACAUAAAUAUGUAUCUAGAUGAAAGUGCAAAGGACAAACAGUCAUUGAAGCCACAAUCUGCAAUUAAUUUUAGUGCUUGUAAAUUAAAAGACAAUCAGAGUACAUGCGAAUUAGCAAAACAUCGAUCUGAAGAACCAGUUGCAAAAAGAAGAAAAAUUAAUAUUAUAUCACCUGAAAUUGAUUCAUAUUUUUCUGCUCCUUCGACAUCUUCGUUAAAAGUUUCCGAAAGUAAUUCUGGGCAAAAUUUCACCCAAAACGAUAAGGAUAAGGACAUGAAAGACGAUAAAAAGGCACUGGGAAAACAAUACUUGAAGGAUGUGAAACGAGCAUUAUCUGCGAGUGAUUAUAAAAUAUUUGCAAGUAUGAUACAAAGCUAUACGCAAAGUGGCGAUUUUGACGAGUUAUUGAAAACAUUAUUAAAUUUAUUUCCACCGACUGGGCUGCUAUGGCAUUUGUUUAUAGGUAAGUUUAUUCAUGUCAAUAAAUUGGAGAUGAGAUGAUAAGAAAUACAACCUAAAGAAUGAAAACUUUUAAAAAAAUUUUUCU